AUGGAGUCCUUCAACAAUACACAGGAGCCCGACGAGGGCUACAGUGAGCAUCCCCUAUAUCCGUCAUCCACAGAGGACCAUCUCAGCCCUGCAAGGCACUCGCGCGAUCCCGCCGCAUUCAUGGCUUGGCUGUCGCCCAGACUCUCAACACUCAACGUAGAGCAGAGAAAGCAGUUGGCCAUGGCGCUGCUUGCCGAACUUCCUACAACCGCCAUACAGGACAUUGUCAUAAAGCAACUCAACCCGAGACUCUACAUUGACUUUGUUUCAAAGCUUCCCGCCGAAAUCUGUCUCAAGAUAUUCGGAUACCUCGAUCCCGUCUCCCUCAUAAAUGUCGCCAGGUGCUGCAGGGAGUGGUAUAACUUGUCCUUGGACCACAAGCUUUGGGAGCAGCUCUUCUACCUCGAAGGAUGGCAGGCUGUACCAAAGGAAAUCCGUCUUGCCGAGAGGCGCAUGAAAUCAAGCUGGACUAGUUCAGAGACGAUUCAGCCUCAACGUAUGCGAUCCUCCGAGUACGGACAUGUUUACAAGAAGAGGGCUAUAUCGGAUCCCGCGCGACAGGAAACGGAACACAAUGCUAUGGAGCUUGACCGAGAUGACGAUACGGAGAUGUCAGGAACUGGCGCAAGUUUGUUUGGUGGCGAUGGUCGCGUCACUGGCAGUACAUCGUCAUCCAAGACCACGAGCAGCGUCAUACAACACUUGGGAGGCCUUGUCGUGGAGUCCCCAAGCCCCAUGCCUGUUGACAUGCCCCUCGACAAAAAGGGCAAGGGAAGGGCGACCGCCCCAUCGUUCGAUAGCCCUGUUCCGUCUACCAUACAAGCCAGCUUACCCAAAUCGUCACUCUGGAAUUACCACGCGCAAAGUGGAAGAUACAGGAUUAAUUGGCAGUAUCUAUACAUAAUGCGCCGCCGCCUAGAGUACAACUGGGAGGCAGGAAAGUACACAAAUUUCCAACUUCCUCACCCAGAUUAUCCUCAAGAGGGCCACAAGGAAUGUGUUUACUCGCUACAAUUUGAUCCUGACUACGUGGUCAGUGGUAGUCGCGACAAGACAAUUCGCAUAUGGAACCUCAAGACCCGCCGUCUUGUACGUAAACCUUUGACCGGCCACCGUGGUUCUGUCCUAUGUCUCCAGUUCGAUGCUGAUCCCGAAGAGGAUCUGAUAGUAUCGGGGAGCAGCGAUUCUGAUGUCAUCAUCUGGAAGUUUUCAACAGGUGACAAGAUUCAAGUUCUGGACAGGGCUCAUAGUGAAUCAGUUCUCAACGUCAAGUUUGAUAAACGCAUUCUGGUCACUUGCUCCAAGGACAGGAGCAUCAAGAUAUUUAACCGAAAACCUCUGCGGGCGGGAGAUGUUGGGUAUCCUGGCAACAUUGAUGAUCUAGUUGGACCCGUUCCGAUCAACCUCAAGGACUAUGGUUAUGAUGAUCCACUUUUUAGCCGAUUGCCAGUCACGCAGCCUUUUACCGAGAUCGGUUGCCUUGAAGGGCACGGUGCGGCAGUCAACGCUGUUCAGAUCCAUGGUGAUGAGAUCGUGUCCGCCAGUGGCGACCGUCACAUCAAGGUCUGGGACUGGCCUCAGCAGAUCUGUCGAAGGACAUUCCUGGGCCACCACAAGGGCAUCGCUUGUGUCCAGUACGACGGGCGUCGCAUUAUUAGCGGCAGCAGCGACAACGAAGUAAAGGUAUUCGAUCGCGAGACGGGUCUAGAAGUCGCUACUCUAAAAGGGCAUGUUAGUCUCGUGCGCACCGUACAGGCUGGCUUUGGAGAUCUCCCUUAUAGUAUCGAGGAAGAUCGAAGUACUGCCAAAGCUAUUGACGAGGAGUACUUUGCCGCUGUCAAGACUGGCACUCUUGUAAAUUCAAAUUUGAGUCGAGGAAGAGGCCCUAAUGCGGGUGGCCGACGACCCGAAGAUAUCACGGCUUAUGGCGCAAAGCUACCUCCUGGCGGAGGUGGCGGACGAUAUGCAAGGAUAGUCUCUGGUUCGUAUGAUCAAUCGAUCAUAAUUUGGCGUCGCGACAAGGAAGGAAAAUGGAGAAGGGCGCAUAUCCUCCAGCAGGCCGAAGCAGCAGCCAAUGCCUACAGACAACCAAGUCAUCUUGCCGACAGCCAUUUACCUUCUCCUUCACAAUCGCCCGCUCCUUCUCUUCAUCACAAUGCGCGCCCUCUGGCAAGACAUCCAGCACCUCCACCGCCGCCGGCCAGUGCACCCCCUGCUUUGGAAAGCACGGGCAACCUGACGCACGUCGAGCAUCCUAUACAUGCAACUAUGACGCCACAAACUACGAUGUCCUACUCUAGAUUGAUCGACCAAUCGGUUACACAGGGACCGGCAGCUCUGCAGAAUGCGUUGACAAGCUUUCCUACCAUGCUGGCAUAUGACUCCCGCAUCCAAGGUGCCAUUGAUCAAGUACCCGAUGCCGUCACUCGAUCAAAUCUAAGACAGGUUGUCGCUACUGCUGUGCAGCGAACGCAGCUACAACAAAGUCGCAUUCGUGAGUCUGUACAACAGGCGAUGGCUGCACCAUUAGCAACGCAAUCUGCAUCGCAGGCAGGUUCUGGUGCUGCAUCUGCCCUGCCACCUCACCUACUCCCAACCCCGAGACCAUCGAGACAAUCAUCACGACCCAACCACACAGCAACAACGGCAGCAGCUCCCCCCUUACCACCGGCACCGAUACCGGCUCAUCAUCCUCACAUUGCGCAGAAUGACCAGCCAAGGGUUUUCAAGCUACAAUUUGAUGCACACAAGAUCAUAUGUUGCAGUCAGACCUCGACGAUCGUGGGAUGGGAUUUCUGCAAUGGCGAUCCUGAGCUCGAGGAAGUAGUGCGUUUCUUUGCUCCAGUUGAGUAA